GACAAGUUGCUGGGCAGGUGCAUGGCUUCUGUGUCGUUUGCCAAGGUUCAAGGCCGCAGGCUAUGUCAUACAGUUCAGCUCACGCGUAAUGUUGUGAGUAUCGUAGCAUCUUCAGCACGUAAUACAUUUCCGAUUGCUGGUAAAGAACAAAGCAUAGGUGAGCUCCAAGGGCCCGGGAGUUUCAGGCGGCACGGCGGGUUCCAACUUGUUCUGAAAGCUGUCAAAUGCACGUGGUCGUGCCCAGCUCCAGUAUGCCGGCGUGCUCGCGCAUUGCAAACCGCGCUCAUGUUCUACUCAAGUUCUGUCAUAAUUCCAGCUCACUUGGUCAGAAUUCUUCUCGAGUUCUAGGUGUCGUAUCUCCGUUUUCUUCACUCGGCGACCUGGGGCGGGGUCGAUGUUGCUGCAACUAUUCGCCCUGCUACUCAUUCGCCACGCGCCGUUCUCAGUGAAGGCUGGAUCGGUCAACCGUGGUGGCAACUGUUCUGUCAGUAAUCAACACCUCGAACCAGGGACUCAUCAGUUCUACACCGAGUGCGACUCGAUGACCUACUGUACUUCGUCCAGCACAUGCGAAUGGCGGGGAUGCAGGCGGGAUGAGUAUCCUUUCGGCUAUCACAGCACUCGCGAGCUGCCGCCGAUGUGUGGCCCGGGAACGUUUUGUCCGGACGAGGAGGACCAGUGCUUGCCUUUGCUAUCCGUAGGCAGUCCGUGCCAACUUAACAGAGAUGACCAAUGUGAAGGUCCCCCGGACCACGAGACGCUAGCUGACCAAAAUGGUCUUGGUCGCAACGUCAAUGGUUCCGUCUGUUUGAACAAUAUCUGCAUGUGGGCCAAUGUAACUGUCGGUCAACCAUGCGAGAUACAGAACAUUGUGUAUGUCGCAUUCGGACCCGACGGGCACGACUAUCCUGAUAUAGUGUCGCGGUAUGCUUUGAGAUCUUGGGACAAUUGCCGAAUAGGUGCAUAUUGCGACUCUGCUCAGCGCAUGUGCGUGCAGACGAAGGACAUCGGAGCACCUUGCAACGCGGAUAAAGAGUGCUCGAUGUACAAUUGUCUUUCUUCCGGAACAUGCGCGGCGAGUGCGGACACCCCUCACCAUGUCGCUCUCUGGGUCUACGUCGUUGUUGGCAUCGGAGCAUUUGCAGGCACCGUCGGGACUCUUGCAGGCAUGUUCUUUGUACACACGAAGGAACGCCAAGCCGAACGUAGUCGACGCUUGCAGUAUUGGCAGGAGCAGAAUGCUCUCCGCCAGAGCGUGCUCGACAUGCAGAAGUCAGCGCGUGAUUCAGUUCUUUCCCUCUCUGGUAGUGCAAAUGUGCUUGGUACUUCGACAGAACCAGCCGUUCAGGAUGAGCCACGGACAUCUGCUGCGCAGGGGAUGAGCAGAUCGAGCGGGCUGCAGUUCAAUGCGUUGAAUGGCGGGCUCGAGCACCGCGAUCGCGGCGCAUCGGGUACAUAA